UCUCUCUCCUUCGCGCAGCCUCACACACACACUCACAUGAAAUCAACACACGGACGGUUUACUUCCACAUUUACCGCUUAUUUUCUGGAUUUUCUGGAUAAACAACACUGUAAUCGAUGCGAGGCCUUGUAACGGACACUCACCGCUGAUUCUACGGCCGCGUUUCUUCCGCUUUUGUCGUUUUUCGCCCUCUGUGGAGCGUUCGUGCGUUCGUUGGAGACGUUAUGAAUUCCAGCCCGCUUCCAAACGGCAGACUCCUACCGGACAGCCAGAGCUGGAACUCCUCCGGUUCCGACGAGGAUCUAGACGCCGAUCCGGGACCCGGACCGCACGGUGGGGUGGCGGAAUUCAGCGGGGUACUCAGUAAGUGGACUAACUACAUUCACGGAUGGCAGGACCGCUGGGUCGUUCUGAAAAAUAACACGUUGAGUUACUACAAAUCCCAGGACGAGCGAGAGUAUGGCUGCCGUGGUUCCCUCUGCCUCAGCAAGGCUGUCAUCACACCGCAUGAGUUUGACGAGUGCCGCUUGGACAUCAGUGUCAAUGACAGCGUGUGGUAUCUCCGCGCUCAAGACCCUGAGCAUCGCAACCAGUGGAUCGAUUCAAUCGAGCUGCACAGGGCUGAAUCUGGUUAUGGAUCUGAAUCCAGUUUGAGGAGACACGGCUCCAUGCUGUCCCUCACAUCUGCCACCAGCGGAUACUCAGCCACUUCCACAUCCUCCUUUAAGAAGGGUCACAGUCUGCGGGAGAAGCUGGCAGAGAUGGAGACGUUUCGGGAUAUUUUGUGCAGGCAGGUAGACACGCUGCAGAAAUACUUUGAUGGCUGCGCUGACGCCGUCAACAAAGACGAGCUCCAGAGAGACAAGAUCGUGGAAGAUGAUGAAGACGAUUUUCCCACCACUCGCCCCGAUGGAGAAUUCCUGCAUAACAACAACGGCAGCAAGGAGAAGUUAUUCCAGUGUUUGAGUCAUAAAGGCAUUAACGGGAUCGAUUUUAAAGGAGAAGCCAUCACGUUCAAGGCGACCACUGCGGGGAUCUUGGCCACUCUUUCUCACUGCAUCGACCUGAUGGUGAAGAGGGAAGACAGCUGGCAGAAGAGGCUGGAUAAGGAGAUGGAGAAAAGGAGGAGGGUGGAGGAGGCCUAUAAAUCUGCCCUGUCCGAGCUCAAGAAGAAGUCUCAUUUCGGAGGGCCUGAUUAUGAGGAGGGUCCAAACAGCCUGAUCAACGAAGAUGAGUUUUUUGACGCUGUAGAGGCCGCUCUUGACCGACAGGACAAAAUAGAAGAGCAGUCUCAUUGUGAGAAGAGCAGGAUACAGAGGAGCAGUUCAGUGCCUUCAGGAGAUGUUUUCUCCAUCGUGGGCUCUCACCGCUUCGCUGAGAAGCCUCCCUCUCGCCCUCCCUCUCCCUCAUCUUCUGCUGUAGUCUUCAAUUCUUCUCUCCACGAGCACAGAUUCAGUGCUGAGGUGGAGGAGAUGGUCCAGAAUCACAUGACCUACUCGCUGCAGGACGUCGGAGGAGACGCAAACUGGCAACUCGUGGUGGAAGAAGGAGAGAUGAAGGUUUACCGGAGAGAAGUGGAGGAGAACGGGAUCGUGCUGGAUCCACUGAAGGCCACACACUGCGUUAAAGGCGUCACGGGACAUGAAGUCUGCCAAUACUUUUGGGACACAGACGUCCGUAAUGAUUGGGAGACUACUGUGGAGAACUUCAACAUUGUGGAAACGUUGUCAGAUAACGCCAUCAUCAUCUACCAGACUCAUAAGAGAGUGUGGCCUGCGUCCCAGAGAGAUGUUCUAUAUCUGUCUGCCAUCCGCAAGAUUAUGGCCAAUAAUGAGAACGACCCAGACACAUGGCUCGUCUGCAACUUCUCCGUCGAACACGACAACGCCCAGCCAAACAACAGAUGCGUCCGAGCUAAAAUCAACAUAGCGAUGAUCUGCCAGACACUGGUCAGUCCACCAGAGGGAGACAAAGAGAUCAGCAGAGACAACAUCACAUGUAAAAUCACAUACGUGGCCAACGUGAAUCCGGGUGGCUGGGCUCCUGCAUCUGUCCUGAGGGCCGUCGCUAAGAGAGAAUAUCCUAAAUUCCUCAAGCGAUUCACUUCCUACGUCCAGGAGAAAACUGCCGGCAAACCCAUCCUCUUCUGAGCACAGUUUCCCGGUUGAGCUGUCGGUGUGUCUGAUCUCCAGCUCUGCACUCCAGCUCUGCACUCCAGCGCCCUCUAGUGGACAGAAAAACACACUGCAUCUCUUUUUCCAGACUGUUCUGAAUCUGCUGCAAAGUUCAUGUAGCACCACACUACUUCACACAGCAGAGGACGCACCACAGAUAUCUAGAUUCAUACAAAUAUAAGUCUAUGUAUGUAUGUAUGUAAGUACGUCAGAUGGCAGGUUUAUAUAUAAAUAUAUAUAUAACGGGAGAGAUUUUGAGACCGGCUCUGGUUUAGUCCUGAUUAUUAGUUGUUUUCUUUUUCUUUUUGAACAAACAUUUCAGCUUUGCUUUCAUUGUCUGCGUAUAAUCGCCAAUGUUCAGAUUGUUCAGGCGUGUUUGUAAAUGUCGAUGUUUCGACGUCUCUUAUAUGAAGCGCAGAACGAGUCGCUGACGAAGAGAUGAAACGAACGAUUGUUUUCUUUUGUUAAUCCGUGUCUGAAACACCGUAGCACAAAUCCAGAUCGAUCGUAACAGGCAAAAAAAAACAAUUUAAUACGUCAGAUUAUUUGUGUAUAUAAUUUCAUUAUCGCUUUAGAUAGUCAGUCGACGCUUUAAUCUGACUAAUUCAACUCCAUAUGCCUUAGCGAGAGUGUGUGUGUGAGCGUGAAUGUGUGUGUGCGCGACUCAAAAACACUUCUAGAAAAGUGCCUCAUUACUGAUCUUGCUGAUCGCCCACGUCCAUUAUAUCAGAACUACUUUAUACGAAAAGAAAACAUUUCACGACGAUUUCUUACCUCGUAUUAUUUAAAUGUGAUUUUGCAAUCAGAUUGGGUCAUCAGAAUGGUGGCAUCUUAUUGGAGAAGCCCUGAUGCCAAUCAAAUUUUUUCUGUCCAAUAGGAGGAUGCCGUUCGAAUUCGGGGGCGUAGAUGUAGUUUUACGUAGUUGGUUGCAUUUGUUUGUUUAUUUAUUUGUUUCUUUUCUUGGUCAAAUUUAUUCGUACAACGUAAAAAUGUAAUUAGCAAACUAUUAGAAACAAUCGUACAAGGCACAAAGGAUUUUCAUCUUGUUUUUUGAUAUUCAAAAAAAAUUCGGAAAAAAAAUUCGAAAAAAAAAAAAUCAGAAUUUUUUUUCGUAAAAAUACAAUUUAAAUGCUUAACAUUUUAUUCUUAAUAAUCAUUCUGAACAUUUGUUUUUAGAAAAUUGUUAAUUUUACAUGAUUUUAUGCUUAAACCACAACAAAUAUGUUAGAUGGGUCCGAAAAAAAUAUAUAGCGUAUUCUUCGAAUUAUGUAAACAAAUUCUUAGUAUACGCAAUUAAUUAGAAAUUAUAAAGCUAGUGUAUUUUAACCCACAGUAUUUUAAGCAUAAACUCAUUUAAUUUUGAUGCAUUUUUCAAAAUCUUGAUUUAAAACGUAUCAUUAUUUAUCGGAAAACAAGACGAAAAUACUAAGACAAUAAAUUUAAUUGCGACUUUUUUUUUGCUAAACAUUUUCAUUAGUCAAACCUUCCCACGAAAGACUGUUAAAUACUAUGUAGAGGACGACGAGUAGCCAAGCGUAGAGCAGAUGCACGAUCACAGCAUCCGAGUAUUUGCGGUAACAUUUCAACUAGAUGCGAUUUUUCAAUACGGUUAACUCUUACAACUUAAACAUUCCAGUUGCACUCGCUGAACCCGAAUGUACGAAACCACCAGAGCGAAACCGUAAAACAAAAAACUGAAUGUGCUACUUUCAAACAAAAUGGCUGUUUGCUGAUUCGAGGGUUUUCUGGUGGAAUCGACUAAUCAGGAGAGAGUCGUGUUGAAUUGGCGAAUCAGACGAGAGUCGUGUUGAAUUGGCAAAUCAGACGAGAGUCGUGUUGAAUUGGCAAAUCAGACGAGAGUCGUGUUGAAUUGGCAAAUCAGACGAGAGUCGAGUUGAAUUGGCAAAUCAGACGAGAGUCGUGUUGAAUUGGCCAAUCAGGAGAGGGUUUUGCAAAAUUAGCCAAUCAGGACAGAGCUGUGUGGAAUUAGCCAAUCAGGAGAGAGUUGUGCUUGUGACACGCGUCGCUCUAAUACAGUCUAGUGUGUUCUUAGUUGCAUUUGCACUGAAUGUAAUGUCAUUGGGUUCAGAUGUUUUCGUGUACAUACGUGUCACUAAAGGUGUCAGGAUGAACAUGUACUGUGAAUAGAGGGCCCAAACGCUGCCCUGUUUAGAGAGGAAUAAAAUGAUUGACAUCUUUCUGCA